CGGGGCCGCUCCGCCGCUGCCUCCGCUCCGCCACCGCUCCGCCGCCUCUCCGCCACCAUGACCGUCACACGGCUCGACCAGGGCCAGCGAUACCGCCCGCGGAUGGCCUUCCUCAAAAAGAUUGAAGCACUUAUGAUGGAGAUGCAGAGUCCAGACACAGGCAUCAAGACACAGACACAGACAGUGAUGGUUGCCAGCAUCCCACAUGCUGUGACAGGUAAUGAUAUAUUGCAGUGGAUCCUUCAGCGCUUGCAGAUCACUGCAGAAGAGGCACUCCACCUGGGAGACCUGUUUGUCAAAUAUGGAUACAUCUACCCUCUUCAGGAGCCAAAGAACCUCACCCUCAAGGCAGAUGGCAGCCUGUACAGGUUCCAAACCCCCUAUUUCUGGCCUGUGCAGGGCUGGGCUGCUGAUGACACAGACUAUGCAAUUUAUCUGGCCAAGAAGAACAUUAAGAGGAAAGGGAUUUUGGAAGAAUAUGAAAAGGAACAUUACAACAUGCUCAAUCAAAAAAUAAACUACAAGUGGGAUUUUGUCAUUAUGCAGGCCAAGGAGCAGUAUAAGGCAGGGAAGGAGCGGAAGAAGGAGGACAGGUACGCCCUGGACUGCCAGGAGAGAGCCUACUGGCUGGUGAACAGAACCCCCCCGGGCAUGCAGGAUGUCCUGGAGUACGGAGUAGACCGUGUAACUGAUCCCAAUGAAAAUAAGAAAAAUACUAUGGAAGCUUAUAGGAGAGAGAUCAUGUACUAUCAGCAGGCCAUUGGGAAGACCAGAGUGAAAUCUUCUGUCUCUCUUGGAGGGAUUGUGAAGUACUCUGAGCAGUUCCUCUCCAAUGAUCCUAUUCUGUCUGGAUGCCUCCCCAGCAACCCCUGGAUAACAGAUGACCCCGAGUUCUGGGAUCUCAAUGCAAAGCUGGUGGAAGUCCCCACCAGGAUGCGUGUGGAGAGAUGGGCCUUCAACUUCAGCGAGCUCAUCCGAGACCCCAAGGGGCGGCAGAACUUCCAGCUCUUCCUGAAGAAGGAGUUCAGCGGAGAGAAUCUGAGUUUCUGGGAAGCCUGUGAGGAUCUCAAGUAUGGAGACCAAUCCAAGGUCAAAGAAAAAGCAGAAGAAAUUUACAAGCUCUUCCUGGCUCCAGGAGCACGGCGCUGGAUUAACAUCGAUGGCACAACAAUGGGCAUCACAGUGAAAGGCCUCAAGCACCCUCACAGAUACGUUCUAGAUGCUGCUCAGACCCACAUUUACAUGCUGAUGAAAAAGGACUCCUAUGGCCGCUAUUUAAAGUCUCCAAUAUACAAGGAAAUGCUGGCCAAGGCUGUUGUGCCACAAGAGACUGUCAAAAAAAGCACCGGCUUGUUCGGGCGCCGCCACCUCCGCUCCAGCCCCAGCCCCAUCAUCCUGAGGCAGCAGGAGGAAGAGGCCAAAGCCAGGGAAGCCGCCGCCACCGUGGACAUCACGCAGGUCAUGAGCAAGCUGGACCGCAGGAACCAGCCCCAGCCUCCCAAGUAGGCUCUGAGCCCCGCAGGGCACAGCGCAGGGAAAAGACAAGCCGAGGCCGGUGUUGAGCUUCGUCUCCCCUUCCUGAAGGUGUCAGUGCUGCUUUAGGUUUCCCAGGCCGGCUCUCUGCCAUCAGCCGGCUUCCCGCACGUUGCCAUGGCUUCUGGAGAGCAGAUGUCGCUUCCCAGGCAUGCCAGGCAGGGAGUGCUGGCAGGGCCGGGCUGCUGCCUGUGCCAGGCUCGGAGGGCAGGACCCCGGCUCCCCCCCCACACACCUCGGAGGGGAGAUGACUUCUGCCUGUCCCGAGAUUCCCCCCGGGAGGCUGGGUAGCCCAACUGCCUCUCCCUGCCUCCUGCUCUUCGGGGAGGUGAGAUGGCACCCAGUAAAGUGUGCUGCCCUUUCCAAUCCUUUGGGUCCAAACCAGCCUUCCUGGGAGCAGAAGUGAAUGACCCCGAGGGGAGCAGGGAGAGGUGACCCACCUCAGAGUGUCCAUGCUGGCUUCCAUCCCCUGGGGGAAUGUGCACCUUCCCAAGGGGUGCAUCUGACACCCUCUGAGAGGAGCACACCCCUCACUCCAAGUAUCCUGCACCUCCCAGCUAAUGCAACAGGAGCACAGGCAGAAGAGCCAGGGAGGCUCCUUGCUGAGUGUUUCUGAAGCUGUGGUUGAAUUUGAAUGUCACUCCCAGAUCCUCCCAGCACGCUGGAGAUGAUCAAUGAGAAGCUCUGCUCUCCCUGUGCCAUGAGCUGGGUGUGCAGGUGCAAAGAACCACCCCUUGCCAGAGCCUGCACGAGACCCUGAGAGAUUUUAUCAAAUCCUUCCCACCUCUUGUCUUGUCUUUUUCCUGCUCUUCUAUUUUGUCUUGUUAAAAAACCCAACAGGAGGUAGUUCCAGUUGUAGCCCAGAGGCAAGAGAGGACAGGGUAGAGGUGUUAAGAGCUGAUUUCAACUUAAAGUAGUGUUUUUCUUUUUAUUUGCUCUGUCUCUUUUGCUCUGUAGAAUGAGGCAAACUAAAAUACUAUUUUAGUGCUAAAGAGCUCGGAGAGAUUCCAGGCUUUGCUGGGAAAGCACAGCAUGUCUGGACCAGGCCAGUGAUUACCAGAAGUGCAAAGAUUCCUGCAAAGCCCAAUAAAGGGAAUUGGGGGGGGGACAGAAAAUCUUCCUUGUUUGUUAAAAUUUUAGGGAAGUAGAGGGACUGUGUGGAAGCACUGAGAUAUGGGAAACUGCUUCUCUCUGGUUUGUAUUGUUCAUCUAUUUUAAAUACUGGUAGGAUUUUACAGGAAAUGGGAGAUCAUAGGAACGUUGGAUUGGGUUGGAAGGGACCUUAAAGAUCACCUCGUUCCACCCCCUGCCAUGGACAGGGACACCUUCCACUAGACC